AUGACGCACAUUGCUAAGGAAAAACUCGCUACAUUGCUGAUGGAGUACCCAAAACCUGCUGGAAUUGUGAUGGGUUAUGGAACAGCAGGCUUUCGCGCUCGAGCUGAUACACUUCCAUGGAUUAUGAUUCGAAUUGGAAUUCUUGCUGCAUUUCGAUCCAAAGUUAAACGAGCUUGUGUUGGCGCAAUGAUCACUGCCUCACAUAAUCCUGAAUACGACAAUGGUGUUAAAUUGAUCGACCCGUAUGGUGAAAUGUUAGAGCAAGCGUGGGAAGUUUACGCUAAUAAUCUGUCUGUUCUCGACGAUGAUAUCCAUAUUCUUUCGGAUUAUCUCGAAAACUUGAUGAACCAACUGAAUAUCCAAGCCAAUGAUGAAGGAAUCGUUGCUAUUGCUUAUGAUACUCGACAGAGUAGUCCACUAUUGGCAAGUAUUGUUAAGCGAGCUGCCCAAGCGUUUUAUACAACAAUUAUGGAUUUCGAAUUGAUGACAACACCACAACUUCACUAUGCUGUUCGUUGUUACAAUGACAAUGGUACCUAUGGGCAUUAUACCGAAGCUGGAUAUUUCGAUAAAUUAUGCACAGCUUUUCAAAACUUGAUUGAAAUGACACCGAAUAUUCAACGAUUCGAACCACUUGCUAUCGAUGCUGCGAAUGGAAUCGGUGCUAUGAAAUUAGCAUACAUGCGGCAAACAUUAGCGAAAUAUAUUCAUAUUGAGAUUUUCAAUGAUGGAACACGUGGUCAUUUGAAUGAAAAAUGUGGUGCGGAUUAUGUUAAACUCUAUCAAAAAGCACCGGAUGGUAUUCCAUUGACGAAUUAUUCGAAAUAUUGUUCGAUCGAUGGCGAUGCUGAUCGUUUGAUCUACUUCUUUAUUGAUAAAAACAAGCAAUUUCGCUUACUUGAUGGUGAUCGAUUCUCUGUAUUAUUCGCCUCGUUUCUUGCAAUGAAAUUAAAAGAAGCUAAGUUGAUUGAUGAUGUUAAAAUUGGUGUUAUCCAAACAGCAUAUGCCAAUGGUCGUUCAACCGACUAUCUCAUCAAUAAAAUGCAUGUCCCGGUGGCUUGUGUGCCCACAGGUGUCAAGCAUUUACAUCAUAAAGCACUUGAUUAUGAUAUUGGGGUCUAUUUUGAAGCGAAUGGACAUGGAACGGUCAUAUUCAGUGCUGAGUUGAAAAGUAAAAUCAAAAUGGUACUUGAAGAUCCGAAACGAACAGUGGAAGAACGAUUAGCUGCAAAUCAAAUUCGUGCGUUCAUUAACAUAAUUAACGAAACUGUUGGUGAUGCAAUAGCUGAUUUAUUAGCAACUGAAGUGAUUCUUUCCAUCCUACAUCUAAAUCUUGAAGGAUGGUUAAAUCUAUACGAUGAUUUACCACAACGGCAAUUGAAGGUGGCAGUUCGAGAUCGAACAAUGAUACAAACAACGGAUGCUGAACGACGUUGUAUAACACCUCCGCACUUACAAGAUUGUAUUGAUGAGCUUGUUUCGAAAUAUCCAUCAGGCCGUGCAUUUGUUCGACCAUCCGGCACGGAAGAUAUCGUUCGUGUUUACGCUGAGGCUCUAACACAACAAGAAGCUGAUGAUUUGGCUGAUAAAGUGCGCUUAGUAGUGGAACAGUUAACCAAAUGA